UUCAGUAGGAAACCAACACCUGUUUCCAGGUAACCGAUGCUGGGCUUUUUAGCUGUAUCACAGUGUGUGUGUGUGUGUGUGUGUGUGUGUCACUGCUGAAACAGCCUCUUUCAUCUACUUCACACUGAAUUCAAGGACUCCACCAGCAGCCCAAAUCUUUCAUUCGAUAUAAAGUGUCCCAUAAACACAAUGAGGAAAAGCUGCUUUUAAUUUCGCACUGAAAACUGACUGUCUCUAACUGAUGGAACAGGAGUAUUGUUAAAGAUUGGGAUCUAAACUAAGGCUGGGAGUCUGUUGAUGGUGGCGUAGAGAUACCUUGGACUGUUUUAUGAAUUUUUACACAUCUGAGGAUCUUUUGAAGUCGUCCGUCAUGAAUCCCCUGUGGAAAGUCUAUAAGAGUAAGGUCAUGAAGACCCUCAACCCGGAGAUGGAGGAAGACACGAUGGAAGAGGUCACUGAUGCUGCUGAAGAUAUUACGCCAAUCCAGUCUGAAGAAGGGCCCAAUGCAAUGACACAGCUGGCCAAGAGAAUGCAGGGAGCCGGAGCUAAAGGUUGGAAAAGUGUUUCGUCUCUAUUCACCAAGGAGGAUGAACACCAGCUUCUGGAGGCAGACAACCAGCCGGCAGCUGAUCAUCCACUAGCAGUGAAGCCAGAAGAGCCUCCUCGACCCAACAAGCGCAGCACUGGAUUCUGGGAUAACUUUGCGACUAAGUGGCAUCAAGCUGCUGCGAUGAGGCAAACGGAGGCAGGAGGUGAUGGCAGUGAGGAGGUGGCCAACGAGAGCGGGGCGAGAGCAGAAGAUGGAGAAAACCAGGUCGAGCAGGAGGCCGAGGUGGGCGACAGCGGCACAGGAAACAGCUUCUCCAAAUACGCCACGCUCGGAGAAGAGAGUGAAGACACACCGGCCUUCAAGUGGAACUUUGUCACCAGCAAACUGGCUGAGCUGAAGACCAAAAGCAUGGCCAAGAGUAACUAGCCAACAGAAAGAGCAGGUGAUUUCAGUUCAGACCACAUGGGCCACAGUUCUUCAUAUGAGCCUUAUCACACAGCUGUACGGUGAUCACAUUUCACCAAACCCGUUUACAAGCAUCGACUGUGACCGAUACUGUGGCCUCUCUGGGCUUGAACUGGCUGCCAUUCAUGUG